UCAAAGUUUUAUACCGAACGAUUUCUUCAGGAAAACAGCUGUUAAUUAUAUUAAUAUAUUCUUUAAGAGAGGUUCCAGGGACCGUAUCAAUUUCUUGAACUCUUUUCAAGGCUCCUGUUGUAACGAAUAGUCUUCGAGCUCGUGCAUCAUUAGGAAGUAUCUAGAUUUAAACACAAGUGUAGCUUAAAUAUAAAAUGAAAAUAACUGGGCCGUAUAAUAUAAGACUGUCGGCCAUUUCGUUGGGAAAAAAAUGUUAAGUCAAAUGUCAUUGAUAUUAUUUAUGAAUUGUUAUUUUUAUAGCAUGUUAAAGUUAAAUCAAGUUUUUUUAAAAUAAAAUGGCAGGAAGAGGCAGAGGUAAUGGGAAGUCAUUAACUCAUGAACAGUUACAAGCUCUUGGUAUCACUCGGGCAGAUAAUGCACCACAAAUUCUAGCACCACCGCCUUUAUUUCCAAAAUUAGAAGUAAAACCGCUUCCCUUAAAUUGUGACGCGGCGACGGAUUACAUGGUUAUUGUAAAGGAUCAAUUUAUUGAAUAUUUGCAUGAGUCACCUGCGUACGUUAAAGCAAAUACACGAACUGAUGGCAUAGAACGAUAUUCCGACAAGUACAAGCUUCUCGCUUUAGAUGCAAAAAAAGGUAGGGUUUUAGAUUGUGUUUGGGCUAACAUGCCGCCCGAGUUAAGGCCACACGGUGGUCGAGCUCGCACCACUACCCGGAAACGAAAAUUAGACGACCCUAUUGAAAUAGCAAAAAGAUUACAGACUUUGGAGAAGAAGGAAUCUCAGGAAGAUACAGCUAUGGAAACAAAUGAAAAUGAAGAUGAAGUAAAAAAAGAAGAUGAAGAUAAUGAAGAGCUCCUGGAUGAACAAGAACAGGAAGAAGAAAUUGAUGAUGGAACGGACUAUGCAAAUAACUAUUUUGAUAAUGGAGAAGAUUAUGAAGAUGAAGAUGACGCUCUUGAUGAUGGACCAGUAUACUAACUUAAAGUAGUUUUUUUUAAAUCUGUGAUAAUAAAGGAAAUAUAUUAAUAAUAACUUUCUAAGCAUUUUAAAUUAAAACUAUUUUAUAAUUCAAAAAAAGUGAUAGUACCUUAGCAUAUUGAGCCAACACAUAUUUUAGUACACAGGCAGGUGCUGCAUGAAGUAGUGGUUCUAAGGCUGGUCGAUGUAAGCAACAUUGUAGAGAUUGUUUGAGAGCACAUAAAGAACGUGCUUUUACCUCCCCUGAUGACUUUGGAUUUGUAUAUAACUAUAAAUAAACUUAUUAUAAAUUUGAA